AUGCUGCUGGACGUGAACACAAAUCACACACUAAUGCACGAUGCUCAUGUGCAUGAACAUUGCCUCAUCAAAAGCAUACGUGAUGAUGGCGCAUUGCACUCAUGGAGCGACUCAUCAAAGGUAUUUUAUCCCAAGUCAUUUUACGCUACCGCUACUAAUAAGAAGAAUAACAAGUUAGCCAGCGCCAGCAUGAACAAGACCGCCACAAGUAAUAGGACGGUGAGCGAUGAGAUUUAUUUCCACUCCACUAAGCCGCAGUUCGAUGGUCAAGGAAGCGCUGAACGUACUAGAACACUAACCAAGAGGAAUAGCUUCAAGAGGACUAGAAUACUGAAGGCUCGAGACGAUUCCGAACUGCUGAACGAAAAUCGCUCAUCUUUGAUGACCCCGUCCUUAAGCUCGGUCAUGUCGCAAGUUAGGAAAACAAAUUCCGCCAAGACGUUAUCGGGCGAAUGCCCCAUACAUGAGGGCCACUUAACACAGAGCAUAAAGAGGAAGUUCUCCGAGGAAGCUCAAAGCGACUGUUCUUCAUUGAGCUCCUCUAAACUUCAUCCCUUGACAGAUGAUAUUGCUGACGCUGUCGAUUUGCAGACCCCCGCGAUUGGCGAUGAGGUACUGGCUGAGCCGGUCGUGCCCAAAAUGAAAAUAAUAAACAUAAAUGAUCUCGAUUUGUUCGACGACUGGGAGGUUAAGGAUUUAGUCGAUAUCUUUCCUCCCGUAUACGAACGGCGUCCGCGAUCGUCCUCUGCCCUUUCACUGGUUUCUGCGUCGUCCGAUGCCAAACUUCGUCCGACCUCUGUGGACUUCCAAAUCAUCGACAAGAAAGGCGGCAAGACUUCAAGAAGGAAGAGUAGGAGCAAAUCGACUACAGAAAACAUGAUUUACGAAAAUGACCUGGUAGAAUUAGAACAAUGGCCAUCUGCAUCACCAUCGCCCGAGACCGACGGUUCGAUUGCAUCUAGCGAGCUCUUGCCCAAUAAAAGAAUAAGACAAAAAAGUUUGAAUACCAAUUUCCUAAAGUUAUACUCUAUUGAAACAUCAUGUAAAAGGAAGAGUAUUUUACCCGAAGUCGAAGUAGAUGACCAUCUGUUGAAGCAGCUAACGUAUUCCGAAAUUCGGUCUUUGGAAAUCAAAAAGGAGCCAAAUGUCUCUACGAACGAUAUUAAGCUUGCCCUAAUUACUAGGAAAAAAUUAUGGUCUGACAUGGUCCAUGAAACAAGAAAUGAUCUUUUUGGCGAUUCUACCCCCUGGAAUUUGCACUUUGUUGCAACGACAAGCAAUACGGAACCUUCGCAAGGCCGUGAAUCCGCAAGCGAACAUGCAACGGCGGAUUUGAAAAGUUCUUUGGUCCGCGUACACUCAGACGUCAAGCCAUGGUUCAACAAUGGCGGCACAAUGCUCAAACCAUGCGGAAAACUAAAUUUAGGCAAAGUCACCAAUAAGACUUCCGCACCUACGAGAGAGAUUCAAUAUGUCGUAAAGGGCUGGUGUGACAGCAGGUUUCUCUGA